AUGAGCACACGUAAUCGCACACCACCGCUCUUGGAACCAUACCUCCGCCUUCCCUCGGAAGCAUCGCAACUGCUCUUGACCGGCGUACUCGACUCAUCACCUCAAUGGCUUGUCACUCGCCUGCUACGUAGCGCAUACACACCUUCCGAAGAAACCGAGUCACCAGAAGAGCAGGAUGUCAGUGUGAUACUUGUAUCAUGGUUACGCGAUUGGGAAUUUUGGAAGAGUGAGGCUAGAAGAGGCGCUGGCAUUGAUCUCGCACGUCUGGCACAACAAGAUAAAUUCGUCUUUGUAGAUGGCUUGACGCAUUUGUUCCCGGUCGCAACUUCAAACACUGCAGCCACACCUUCACCAGCAGCACCGUCACCGACCCAGAGGAGUCUCCCUGUCAGAAACACACCUGCCUCGCCGAUUCCGAAUAGAGGCGGUCCACUGCCAUCUCGAGGCCCAGUACCUUCCAGAGGUCCUCCUGGAUCUGCACCUUCGCAGCCACAAGUAGCACAACCACAACAACCUACCCAACCAACCUCGCAACUGCAAUCCACUCAACCGAUAAAUACAACCCACCUCAGAGACUCCUCCCUCGCCUCCACAUACACCACACUCUCAAAAACCAUCUCGGACCUCCUCGCCAAACACCCACAACGCAAAAUUCACCUAAUCCUCGACUCACCAACCCUCCUCCUCUCCACAUCCGCCUCACCAUCCGCCUCCGCCCUCUCCAGCCUCCUCCUCUCCCUCCGCAGUCUUGUAUCCACCACAACACUAAUCCUCGAAUCCGACACCCCUUUCCUCUCCGCCGCCCUUCCAGACCCUUCACAUCUUCCCACACCACUGGAAGCAGCACACGCCGCCUUCGUGGUUCAACAAGCGCAUAUCAGUAAGUGGGUGCUGAGCUUACGACCACUGGAUACGGGAAAAGCAAGAGAUGUCAGUGGUGUGAUUAGAGUGGCCAGAGGUGGUGCUUGGGAUGAUGAUGUGGAAGAGGAGGAAGAGGUGAAGGGGCAGGAGAAGAAGGAAUUGGAGGCGCUCUAUUUUGUGCAGAAUGAUGGUGGUGUCAAGGUUUUUGAGAGGGGCGAGGCUAGUGUUGGAUAG